AUGUCCACGAAAGGUGCCAAAAUCGUGACCACCACUAGCCUGUAUGACUAUAUCUACGGCGAUUACACUUCGGAUGGUUACGACUAUAUAAUUGACGACUUCGACACUAAUCAAAAUAUAAUAAAGCCUUUGGUAACAAAACUCAAAGUAGUAUACGAUAUCACAAGUUACCUGAGCUUUUCAAUCAAUUUUUUUCAUUUGUUCAUCCUUACCAGAAAGGACUUGAGGACCCAAAACGUGUACAUUCUCAUGAUCGGAAUUUGCAUAUUUGAUAUAUUUCAAGCUUUUGCAAAUUUGGUCAAAAAUUUUAUGACAUGGCAAAUCGUGUACCAUGAGCCUGAGUGUUAUGAUAGCUAUAGGUAUUCUCAUCUUGUUGUGGAUGUCGUUGCCAAAUGUUUACAAAUUAUGAGUCGAAGAGUUUCUAGUUUUCUGGUCCUAUAUAUGGCAGUUUUUCGAGCAUUAUCACUAAUUUUUCCAUUCAACGCUAAAGUUAAUAAGCUAAUGAAUAAGAAAUUUUCCUACCUCGUCAUGGUCUUUUUAAUUGUUAUCAGCGGAGCAUGGAGCUCGAUUUACAGCAUUUUCGUGCGUUGCCCGGUACGAACCAGCUUUGUUCCAUAUUCUCUUGUAACUGAUGCUCGAGAUGCACCAUGGCGACGACUAUAUUUUGUUAUAGAUGGUUAUAUGUCACUUUUUGUCAGUUUCACUUAUUUGAUAGUCGCCGGUGCUCUUGUUGUAGCUCUGAGAUAUGCAAAAAAGAGGAGGGAUAGUUUGGGAGGACCUGUAACACCAAACAACACAUCUAAAUUAAUCGUGACAAUGGCUAUAACUGUAUUCAUUUCUGAAACCGUAUACGGCGCAUUAUUUAUGUGGAGUUAUUAUAAACUUUAUGAUUACAAAGACGGAAAAGACUUUGAGAAGUUCGACUCGUUCACCUUGACGCUUCUCAUUGUCAACUCCACAAUCCACAGUAUUCUAUGUUUCUUCUUGUCUUCUCAAUAUCGUGAUACUGUGCUGAAAUUGUUUUCAAAAAGAGGAAACAGAGUGGAACCCUUUAAUAAUCGGGUGGACUCUUCCAGACAUCCUAUCAGUGAAUGA